AGAUUUUCCUUUUUUGGGGUAUCUCGGAUUUUGUGUCUGGGAUAGCAAUGAAGUCUUCUCUGAAGAAACUAAAAGGUUUCGCACUUCACAAGAACGAUGCGAAAGAGAAAAGAGAUCAUCAACCUUCAGCACAGUUGGAUGAGCUUGCUCAGGCUGAACAGGAUAUGCAAGAUAUGAGAAACUGUUAUGAUAGCUUGCUUUCUGCUGCCGCUGCCACAGCAAAUAGUGCUUAUGAGUUCUCAGAGUCACUGCGGGAAAUGGGUGCCUGUCUGCUUGAGAAAACUGCAUUGAAUGAUGAUGAAGACAGUGGUAGGGUUUUGUUGAUGCUGGGGAAAGUGCAGUUUGAACUUCAGAAACUUGUUGAUAACUAUCGCUCUCAUAUUUUCCAGACCAUUACAACCCCAUCAGAGUCUCUUCUCAAUGAACUUCGAACGGUGGAGGAGAUGAAGAGACAAUGUGAUGAAAAAAGAAAUGUAUUUGACUACAUGAUGGCGGCACAAAGAGAAAAAGGAAGGUCAAAAAGUGCAAAAGGUGAAAGCUUUUCUCCCCAACAGUUACAAACAGCUCAAGAAGAAUAUGAUGAGGAGGCAACUUUAUUUGUUUUUCGUUUGAAAUCAUUGAAGCAAGGACAGACUCGAAGUCUUCUGACACAGGCAGCGCGGCACCAUGCUGCUCAGUUGAGAUUCUUUAGGAAGGGACUUGAGUCUCUUGAGACAGUUGAGCCGCAUGUGAAAGUGGUUACUGAACGGCAACAUAUUGAUUACCAAUUCAGUGGUCUUGAAGAUGAUUAUGGAGAGGAUGGUGAAGAUGAUGAUGGUUAUGAUGGCAAUGAUGAUGGGGAAUUGAGUUUUGACUAUGGCCAAAUUGACCAUGGGCAAGAAGUUGUUUCAACAUCGAGGAAUUCAAUGGAGCUGGAUCAAGCAGACUUAUCAUUUCCACAAGUGUCCACAAUGGAAGUUUCACAGGAGAAUCUAGACAAAAGCCAAGGUGAUCUCUAUGCCUUUGGUAGGAAACCUAGCGCUGGCAGUCAAUCUGCUCCGAUCUUUGCUGAGAAGAAAUCUGAUGUGGGUGAAAGAAUAAGACAAAUGAGACCAUUGUCAACACGGAAGUUUCACACUUAUGUAUUACCCACACCAGUUGACGCAAAGACUUCGAUACCUGCCAGAUCAAGUAAUACUGUUCCCCAGACAAGGCAGACAAGCUUGGGUGGACGUACUCACAAUUUGUGGCAUUCAUCACCCUUGGAACCAAAGAAGCACGAGAAAGACUCUAGAGAUGAUACAUGGUCAGGCAUUCCCGUUGUAAAAGCACAAUCAGUACUAAAGGAGAGCAACAUUAAUAGUGCCUCCAUCAGGUUGCCCCCUCCUCUAGCAGGAGGGCUCUCGCCUCCACAGUUUGAUCCACGCACUGCUUCUGAUAGUAAGAAAGUCAAAAGACAAGCUUUCUCUGGUCCAAUAACUAGUAGACCUUGGUUAUCCAAGCCUGGUUUCUCUGCUAGUGGUCCCAUCAGCGGAACUGAACACCCCCUACUAGUUUCUGGAAUGGUUUCGCGUGUCCCAAUACCUCAGCCAUCCGCAUCUCCAAUAGUAUCACCAAGUGCUUCUCCCCCUCUUAUAUCUUCACCCAAAAUAAGUGAACUUCAUGAGCUUCCUAGGCCACCAAUCAGUUCUGUCACUAAUUCCACAAGACCUUCAGGUUUAGUUGGUCACUCCGCCCCUUUGGUUGCCAGAAGUCAGGAACAUUCAACCACAAAUAAAUCACCUAAUUUGACCUCGAAGUCUGCAUCUCCACUGCCAACGCCUCCUCUGACUGUUUCUAGGAGUUUCUCCAUACCCUCGAGCAGCCAGAGAGCAAUGGCACUGACGAGGCUCUCAAAGGCUGAAGAAGUUGCAUCACCUCCUUUGACUCCUAUUUCCUUAACAAAUAUCCAACCAGCAUCAACUGCUUCUGAAGUAGUCAAUCAAACUGAGCAAAUAAAAGAUGAAGAUUGAUUUAGUACACCUUAUGCUGCUUUAGGUGAUUGGUUAGUUCUCACAUGCCUUGAUCAAUUCCAGUACAAGACCUCUGAUCGUCUAAUGAUGGGGUGAGGUUGUGUAAAUAUCAGUGUAUUAUUUGGUUUCUCUACUCCUCUUGCCGGCCAUUGGUAUCAAUUGGAACUUAGCAGAAGUGCAGCGAAUAAAAAUACACUAUCCAUUAAAUAUGGAAUUUUGUUA